GUUGCAUUUUGCGUGGAUGGAUGGUUUCUAUUUGCAAUGUGAAGGGGUGGAUAAAGUCAGGUAAAGUCCACUGGAGCGAAAGUUGGGGAAAAGUGACUCGUCCUCAAGUUUUUGGGCUGCGCAAAAGUUACGCGCGUUUGCGUCACCGCGUUGAGGUCCAAUCAGAAUCCGGCAGAGUUGCAACUAAAGUCAGAGGGUGGAACGAGAAGCGGCAGUGAUUUGUGGCUCGUUUGUGAAGCGAGCAAGCAUGAGGACGUCGAGGAGGAACCCCGCGUUGCGCAUUCACUCCGCGCGGAAAAGUCACGCCGCGUCACGCUGAUGGAGCGGCGGACAGCCGCGUGGAUAUGCGGCGUGUUCGUGCUUCUCCUCGGCUUCUGCCUCUGCAACAAGCAGAAGCAGCGGCCGGUGUGCUGGAAGGCCAUCGCGCAGUGCCACAGCGAGCCGGAGUGCCUCUAUGCCUACGAGCAAUACACCCACGCGUGCGCACCGGUGCUGAGCGGGGAGCGCCGGACGUGCCCCAGCCACUGCGUGUCUGCCCUGAUCCAGCUCAACCUGACGCGCGGCGGGCCGGCCCUGGAGGACUGCGACUGCGCAUUGGACCCGCUGUGCGCCAGCACCAAGCGGGCCAUCGAGCCCUGCCUGCCGCGGACGCGCGCGAGGACGGGCUGCACGGACGCGCGGCGCCGCUGCGAGGUCGAGCCGGCGUGCGGGGCCGCCACCCGGGACUACCUGUUCCACUGCCGGAGGCUGUUCGGAGGCGGUCGGCGGUGCUCGGCGCAGUGCCGCGCGGUCAUAGCGCGCAUGCGCGACAUCCCCGCGGCCAGGCGGCUCGACACGUGCGUGUGUGACGGCCAGGAGAGGAACAUAUGCGAACACGUUAAAGUCAGCAUGAAGACGUUUUGCAAAGACGGGGAGGAGGACAAGUCGGACGGCAGCGGAUUCUCGGACGCGGAGGACGACGACGACGACGACGACGACGACGACGCGGGUUUUCACGCCUCGGCCGCGUGCGCGCGGCUCCAGAGCGCGCUCAUCACCUUGUUGCUUUUAACCGGAGGGGUUUUCAUAUGAAAAUGAAAAAUGGCGAAAACCCGAGAAUUGCGAGGGUCUCACCAAAAAGUUUGAAAAAUUGCGUAAACGUGGUGGUCGCCAUGAAUAACGGACAAACAAAACAACAAUAAAUCAGGGUAUAGGUGCAUUUGUGAUUGUUUUUCCUUUCUUUUUUGGGGGGGGGGGGGAGAACUUCUCUACAUAAUGAUCCAUUAGGACACAGCCCUGUCUAAUAGAAAAUUAGUCCUUUGGCGCCAUCUUGUGUCAUCUGGAUGCUAAGGAACUAUGUUGAAAUAAGGCACGAACACUGUCUAAUAAAAAAAAAAAAGUAGUAAUUUGGUGCCCUCUUGUGGCUUGAAGUGAGGCCAAAGGCCUGUCGAAUAUAAAAGUAGCAGUUUGGCACCAUCUUGUGGCAUCAAUAGGCCAUUACAACCCUUUUUUCCCCGAGGGAUGGGGGUGUCAAUUGCAUGCAGAUUUUUCUAAUCGUAACAGGACUUGGUCCCUCAAUAAAGUCAUUCAUCACUUUUGUUGCUAGGCGGAUUUCAUAGUGAUCAAUGUUAACUGGCUUAUGGGCCAAUGGAAAACCACCCAUUGUGACAGGAACAGGAAGUGAUUGACAGGCACUGAGGAAAGGACUCCCAAAAGUUAAUUGACACACUUUCAUUCACACAAUUGAACCACUGCUCUGUAUUAAAUAUUGAAAACGGAUCUGGUGGGGCACUGCCCCUCAUGUUGAGUAAAAUUGGGUAUUUGCAAUGCACAGAGCACAACUAUUGCACUCGCCGGCCAUUGCGAACGCCAAACGUGUUUGAAACGUGGCGCACGCUAAAAAGAAUUGUUACCCGUUUAAAAGUCUCCCCAAGUGUGUUCAUGUUUCUGCUGACUGACUUAGAAAGGCCAACCCAUGAAGCAAGUUUCACUUCGUAACGUGAAACUUGGUUGCCUAUCUUGUGCAAACUGGCAAAAAGUCUUAAAAAACGCUACAUGAAAUCUGAUAUCACACCGCUUCGUUGGUUUUUGAGGUUUUGGUGUGUGUGAGACGUUAUUAUGGUGUUUUUUUGGAGUGUAUUUAAGAAGUUUUAUGGAGGGUGUGAAUUUUCCUGACUGAAAGAGUUUUUGGAAUGUGUAUUGUGUAUUGUUUGAGAGUUUGUUGUUGAGAGAGGAUUUUCUUUGGAGCCUAAGAGAGGUUUUUGGUAAGUGUGAGAGUUGUUUUGGUGAGUGCGCAAGGUUUUAGUGAGUUUGAGAGUUGUGUAUCGGAGGUAUCUUGUUGAAUGUGAGAGUUUUUUGUGAGUGUAAAAUAUUUUUUUCGUGUGAGAGGCUCUUGUUGAGGUGAGAGGUUGCGGUGAGUUUGAGUUUUUGUUGGUUUUUUUGGGGUGAGUUUUAUUUUGAGUGAGUUCAGGUUUUUGGCGUGUGAGAAUUUGAAUUUGAGAUUUUUAUGGUGUGUGAGAGGUUAUUUCCCUGAGUAUGAAAGUCUUUUUUGAAAUGAAUGUAAGUUUUUGGUUGUGAGUGUGAGAAGUUUUCGGUACAUGUAAAAUGCAUCUGAUGUGUCAGAGGUUUUAGGUGUGUGAGAAUUUUCAUUUGUAUGAGAUUUUUAUGGUGUGUGAGAGAUUAUUUUACUGUGUAUGAGAGUUUUUUUUGUCAAGUAUGCAAUUUUGUAGUCUGAGUGCGAGAAGUUUUCGGUACAUGUAAAAGGUAUUCGAUGUGUCAGAGGUUUUAGGUGUGUGAGAAUUUCCAUUCGUAUGAGAUUUUUAUGGUGUGUGAGAGGUUAUUUCCCUGAGUAUGAAAGUCUUUUUUGUCAAGUAUGCAAUUUUGUAGUCUGAGUGCGAGAAGUCUUCGGUACAUGUAAAAGGUAUUUGAUGUGUCAGUGGUUUUAGGUGUGUGAGAAUUUUCAUUUGUAUGAGAUUUUUAUGGUGUGUGAGAGAUUAUUUUACUGUGUAUGAGAGUUUUUUUUGUCAAGUAUGCAAUUUUGUAGUCUGAGUGCGAGAAGUCUUCGGUACAUAUAAAAGGUAUUUGAUGUGUCAGUGGUUUUAGGUGUGUGAGAAUUUUCAUUCGUAUGAGAUUUUUAUGGGGUGCGAGAGUUUAUUUUGCUGCACAUGAGAGUUUUUUUGGUAAUGUAUGCGGCAUGUACGCUAACAUCUCAAUGAGUUUCCACACGAAUAAACUUUCAUUUACUUGUCAA